AUGGCAAACGACGGGAAGUAUGUACGCGCCCCCAUAGAGCACGAUUCUGAAAACGACGAAGAUUUGGUUCCAGCUCGUAUGCAUGACACACUCAGUGAGGAAAACCUAUCGGCACAGAGCACUAACAGCGAUGUAAGUUUCAGUGAACCGAGCGCAGAUUCUGAGUCUUCUUGUGGCAUGGAACAGACCACUCCGCUGCUAGAUGACGACGAGAAUAAGAACGCCAAUUCCAUGGAACCCACCAGCUUGACAACACCAAGCACAGAGCCCAGUACGAGCGAGCGUCUACAAAGAGUCGAAAACGUGUUGGCCGAUCUUUCGAAAGCUAUAAAUUUCUUGCAAACAACGACCACUAAAGACACUGAGAACGUCUGGAGUACACCAGUUGCCCCCUCCACAACUAGCGACACGGUCUCAUCUAGCAUCCGCUGGGACAAUAUAAAACCAUUUCCUAAUGGAGUUGUCGCAAAUAAAAUGUGGGAGGAGUGGAACCGUUAUAUCGAAAAUUUCGACAUCGCAGCCACCCUCAACAACGCGAAUGACCCAGUACGCAGAUGUCAACUGCUCUUUCUAUCGGUGGGCGAAGAGCUACAGGGGAUCAUUAGAGCGGCAAAACUCAGACCCAGCCUGACGGAAUCAAUGACCGAUUCGGCGGCCGAGCACGAGGCAUUUUCAAAUAUGAAACAAGAGAAGGCCGAAUCCGCGAUUGCUUUUCACGCGCGCUUAAUGGGAAAGGUAAGGUUGUGUGAGUACAGCCCAUCCGAUCGAGAUCGGUUUGUACGAUCCCAACUCCUCAAAGGUCUUCGGAACAAAGACUUGGUGAAGGCCACAAGAACGUGCGGGCAUGAUACCAAAUACAUAGUCCAAGCAGCGACUCGUGAUGAAGCAUUCGAAGCUGAGAGAGCAGCACCGGAGCAGCCGGAUGUGUAUGCAGUCUACCGCGGGAACUUAACUGUUGCCGGUGAACGAUUUAACAGAAAACGCACAGGUCAAGAGGAAGGAAGGAGGAACCUUGCAUCAAGUCAAAGACAGUCAUAUCAGCAAUCAAACCGUCGACGCGAUAUACAGAACCGUGAACGCCGCAAUCGAUGCUCAAGAUGCAAUCGUUUUCCUCAUAAAAAUUUCCCGUGUCCAGCGCUACAAAAGCGAUGCAACUCCUGCGGGGUUCGCGGACACUAUGCAGCUGCAUGUCGCAAACAACACGUAAAUCAGCUUCGUACAAAGCGUGAGGAUGCACUAAUCGACAACGAUAGGAAGAAUAGCGAACAGCAUGUAGACGCUUUGUCCCUUGAAGACGUGUUGAUUACUUGCUGUCUGGGAACAUCAAAGAAUAUGCAAUUUCUAAUCGAUUCUGGAGCGGACGUAAACGUCAUAGGUGGAGAAGAUUGGGUUCGACUAGAAAAGGAUACCAAGGCAGGCUUGAUAAAGCUCAGAUUUGUAGAAAAUACAAGCACAAGAGGUUUACAUGCAUACGGUUCAAAAUCAGCUAUGACGGUCGAACGCAUGUUCGAAGCAGAAAUCAGUGUUCCAGGAUCAUGCAGGUCCAGAAAUGCAACAUUCUAUGUCGUCCCAAAAGGUCGCAGAUCGCUCCUCGGGCGGUCUACUGCUAGUGACUUGGGUCUGCUGAAAGUAGGUGUAGCUAUCAGCAGUCUAGAAACUACGUCGAGCGCAACGGAAUUUCCUAAGAUGCCCGGCGUAAAAGUAAUAUUUAGCGUUGAUGAGUCGGUACCACCUGUUAAAAACGCCUACUACAAUGUUCCUGCUGCUUUUAGAGAGGCUGCUAGAUGCACACUGGAAGAAAUGGAGUCUCGCGGUAUAAUCGAAAAGGUAACAUCGGCCCCGAACUGGAUAAGUAGAAUGUCGGCCGUCGCGAAAGGGGAGGACGACUUUCGUUUAGUAGUCAAUAUGAGGACCCCUAAUAGAGCGAUCAAUCGUGAGUACUUCCGCCUUCCACUUUUAGACAAAAUGAAGGUGAAGCUCCAAAGUUCAAAAUAUUUUACUAAACUUGAUUUGACCAAUGCCUAUUACCACCUGGAGCUGAGCAACGAAUCUCGGGAGCUGACCACAUUCCUUACCGAAAAUGAAAUGUACCGAUGCACCAGGUUGAUGUUCGGGGUGAAUUGCGCUCCUGAAAUUUUUCAGCGAGAAAUGUCGCGUAUAUUGGCAUACGAGAAGAACAUCAUAGUAUAUAUUGACGAUGUUCUAAUUUUUGCGGAAAGUCUUGAAGAACUGCAUGAAACAGUUGAUCGAGUCUUAGAAAUAUUUAGGGCUAACAACCUAACUCUCAAUUCAAGCAAAUGCGAAUUCGACAAAUGUCGGAUUAAGUUCUUGGGCCAUGAACUUGACGAAGCUGGCUUUCACGUCGAUGAGGAAAAGAUUAGAAGCAUUCAGAACUUCAGAGAGCCCGCAACCGUUUCAGAAUUUCGGAGUUUUUAA